AUGGACGCCUCACCGCUCACCAUUUGGGCUCUUAUGAUUGGAGAAGCUCCAUUCAAGAUUAUGAUACCAUCGAACUGCAUCGUACAAGACUUGAAGGACAGAAUUCGCGAAGAGAAGAGCAAUGUGCUGCCCGGCAUCACUCUCCCCGAGCCUAUUGAUUUUUCACCACAAGAUUCGCUCACCGAACGACUGAACCAGAUGCACGAUGCAGGACAGACCGUGCGGCUUAGAAACCUCCAGGAUCUCUCGAAUGUCUGGCCUGAGCAGCCCACCCCCGGAGUUCAUGUCUUUUUCAUGCGGCCAAAUAUUCCCGUACCACAAAAUAAUGCCUUGAAUCCCGCCGGCGCCCUUAGAUCCAGAGAACAAUCGUUUCUUGCGUGGCCUCCGCGGGUGCAACGAAUCUUCACAACAAGACCUGAGGCCGAUCGUGGCCACACCAGCGCCGAGGAACAGGCCCCGAGCCACGAGACUUCUAUGAUUUUCGACGACGUCAAGAAGUCCGGCUCAGCCAUCGACGGCGCGGGCUGCAUUUAUCUUGGUAUCCCCGCUGUUCCCGAAGGAUCCCAAUACGUCUACCUCGAGAAAGUAGGAGACAUUAGGAGAACCCUCUUAUCAACCACAGCAAUCACUGAUGUCCUCGUCGUGGCCCCCGAGUAUCAUUCCCUACGCAAGACGAUAGAGGCGAGUGAUCGGCGUGGGAUCGUGGGCCCCUCAGAAUUCGACACAACGGCCUUCCUCCUGUACCCCCUCUUGAACCUUCUUGAACACCAACUUCCAACUGCGGUCCAAUUCAAUGUUCAGUACUACUUCAUCUUCGAUGAACAAGGCGCCACCAUUCAUCGUACUGAUCAGCUCGACCUCCGGCUCCGGAGGUGCUUAGCUCUGACCGACACUACUACCCUCGUCGAACAGCCAUGUGCGGCCUUCCAAGUUCUCGCGAAGCGUAUCGUUCAGGCGUCCGAGCCCGAAGAUAAUACUUGGAAGAGAUGGCUGAAGCGGACUGAUGGUGUAUGCAUCGUGAGCCCGGGAUAG